UCGGCUGGGCGCCGCGCCGCCACCCAGCACCAGUCGCUUUGCCUUUCUCCCUCUGCCUUAGGCAGGUGACAGCAGGAAGAUGUCUCGGGAUCUGCAGGACGUGGACCUCGCCGAGGUGAAGCCUCUGGUGGAGAAAGGGGAGACCAUCACCGGCCUCCUUCAAGAGUUUGAUGUUCAGGAGCAGGACAUUGAAACGUUACAUGGCUCCAUUCACGUCACACUGUGUGGAACUCCCAAGGGGAACCGGCCCGUCAUCCUCACAUACCACGACAUUGGCAUGAACCACAAAACCUGCUACAACCCGCUCUUCAACUCCGAGGACAUGCAAGAGAUCACCCAGCACUUUGCUGUGUGUCACGUGGAUGCCCCCGGCCAGCAGGACGGUGCUGCCUCCUUCCCCGUGGGGUACAUGUACCCCUCCAUGGACCAGCUGGCUGAAAUGCUUCCUGGAGUCCUUCACCAAUUUGGGCUGAAGAGCGUCAUUGGCAUGGGGACUGGUGCGGGCGCCUACAUCCUAACGCGAUUUGCUCUGAACAACCCUGAGAUGGUGGAGGGCCUUGUGCUCAUCAACGUGAACCCCUGUGCAGAAGGCUGGAUGGACUGGGCUGCCUCCAAGAUCUCAGGAUGGACCCAGGCCCUGCCAGACAUGGUGGUGUCCCACCUCUUUGGGAAGGAAGAAAUGCAGAGCAAUGUGGAGGUGGUCCACACCUACCGCCAUCAUGUUGUGAACGACAUGAACCCCACCAACCUGCACCUGUUCAUCAACGCCUACAACAGCCGACGGGACCUGGAGAUCGAGCGGCCCAUGCCGGGAACCCACACCGUCACCCUUCAGUGCCCUGCUUUGUUGGUGGUUGGGGAUAAUUCUCCUGCUGUGGAUGCUGUGGUGGAAUGCAACUCUAAAUUGGACCCAACGAAGACGACCCUCCUCAAGAUGGCUGACUGUGGUGGCCUCCCUCAGAUCUCCCAGCCGGCCAAGCUUGCGGAGGCCUUCAAGUACUUUGUGCAAGGCAUGGGAUACAUGCCGUCCGCCAGCAUGACUCGCCUGAUGCGGUCUCGCACGGCCUCAGGCUCCAGCGUCACCUCCCUGGAGGGUGCCCGCAGCCGCUCCCACACCAGCGAGGGUGCCCGCAGCCGCUCCCACACCAGCGAGGGUGCUCGUCUCGACAUCACCCCCAGCUCCGGUGCCACUGGGAACAGUACUGGGCCCAAGUCCAUGGAGGUGUCCUGCUAGGUGGCCUUGCGGCCUCCACACCUGGACUUGGAUCUGUAGCGGCCCCCUCCCCUCCAAACCCUUCCCACCCCUGCCUGCCAUUCCGCACAUAACUUGGCAUUAAUCCAAAGCUUAUUUUCUAAGAGUGAGCUCUGGUGAUGACAA